AUGGGGACGAGCGGGAUCAUCGGCGGUGGCAGGAAGAAGUCCGGUGGCGUCACCGGUAGGGUGAAAGGAGGCGGUGAGGACAGCAGUGGAAGUGGUGGUGCCUCUGAGGCGAAGUCAGGUGGUGAUAGCCACGGGAACCACGGCGGUGCUUCCUGGACUACCGACGGCGGAGGAGAAGGAACCAGCGGUGGCGGGAAAAUGAACUCGGUGGGUGGAGACAAGAACCACGGCGGCGGCGGAGAGGCCACUGGCGGGAGGGGUGGAGGGAGCUCUUCCGGCGGGGGCGGCGACGGCACAAGUGGGGGCGGAGGUAGGGAGGGUGGAGGUGGGGAGGGCGGCGGAGAGGACGGAGGGGGCGGGGACGGGGACGGGGAGGGCGGUGGAGAGGACGGAGGGGGCGGGGACGGGGACGGGGAGGGCGGCGGAGAGGACGGAGGGGGCGGGGACGGGGACGGGGAGGGCGGUGGAGAGGACGGAGGGGGCGGGGACGGGGACGGCGGUGGCGAUUCCGGUACCGGUGAUGGUGGGGGCGAGGAGGGUAUAGGAGGGGUUUGCAGGACGGGCGGAGGGGACGAGAUUAGCGGGGGCGGGAAGGGGAUGGGGGGAGGGGAGAGGACAAGGGGUGGGGGAAGCGGACUGGGGGACGGCUGA